AUGAAAGAUAUUAAAGUUCUCAAAGAAUUAGUGGCAAAUAUUUCAGAUUCAGAGACACGUCAAAAGAUGUCUCAUAAACCUUUUACCCCUUCUUUUUUAGAUGUGAUAAUAUCACAAGAUUCACCACAAUUAUACAACGAAGAAGAGAUGAUUCAAGUAAUGAAGUUGUAUAAAUUCCUUCCAAGGGUUAGAACAAGGUCAGAGACAGUGAAUACCAAGAAGACGACUAAGAAAAGGUGCAGAAAAAAUGAAGACGUGGCUGAAGAGAAGAGAGUUACGAAAAAACCAAAAGAUACAAUCAUUCCACAUCAUGGACCCUCACCCAACUUGCCUGAAAAUUUCAAGAAUGGAAUCAUUGAGUUGAAUGGAUAUGAUAUUAAGUUUCUCAUGCACAAGAAGCUCUUCCUGUCAGAUUUGAGUUCAAAUAGUAAUCGUUUGUCAAUGCCGCUGACGGAAUUUAUGUGCGAUUUUCUCACAGAAGAUGAGAAGUCAACAUUGGGUGAAAGAGAAGGUAGAAAGGGACGAAUUCGUGGUUUGGAAGUGACUGUGUUGGACCCAUGUCUUAGAGAAUUUACUUUAUUAUUGAAAAAAUGGACAAUGAAGACAACAAGCAUUUACAAUCUAGUAAAGAAUUGGAAAGAUGUUGUAUCUGUUAAUAAGUUGAAAGAAGACGAUGAACUCCAAAUAUGGUCUUUUAGGGUCCAAAGCAAGUUAUAUUUUCUGCUGAACAAACUUUGA